UUCAAAAAGGCUGUUGAAGUGUUUGGUAAUCAACGUAGCGCGAUUCAAACCAUAUUGCAUUCAGUUAUCAACGAAACUGUUCUAACGGUUUUCAACAGAAUUGUUGAUUUCGUUGCAGAUUCAUCUCAUAUGAUUGAUUCAUUUUCGGAAAGUCACGAUGUAAGUCAACAUCUAAUUGCAAGAGAAUGGAACUAA